AUGUCCAUCAGCAGCAAGAGGGACUUGAAACAGAAGCCAAUUUCAAGCUUUUUCGGGGCUCUGCAACCCAAGAAACCUAUAGCAGUUUCAAAAACCACAGUAUCUCCAUUGGGACGUAAAAAUAUUUCGUCUGUCAUCACAAAAACCCUGUCUCAAGGAGCCUUUGACGAGCUUCCAAGCUCUGAAACUUCGUUUGGUUCACCGGAAAUCAACAAUUUCAAGAACUCCAAGAUAUCCAAUACCAUACUUGUGGAUUUGACUGAUGACAACGUACUCAAUAAUGGCCCUGAUCUCAACAGCAGUCCACUGAAACGUCCCAAACUGUUCUCUCAGGACUCAAAUUCUGUGAAAAGACCAGCCCCGGACGCUCUUUUUGGCAACUUGAAGCUCAAGAGAACACUUUCUUCCGUGGUACCGCAAGGACUGCAACAAUCACAAUCUUCAUUAAUAGGGUUCGCCUCGCAAUAUACUCUCAGUAACGAGCAGAAAUACGUCAUCGAUUGUGUGGUAAAUCAAGGACUAAACGUUUUCUACACUGGCAGUGCCGGAACAGGAAAAUCCAUUGUCUUGCAUGAACUCAAAAACCAACUAUAUUACAAAUUUGGCAAUCGCCGUGUCGCUAUCACUGCAUCGACUGGUCUCGCCGCUUGUAAUAUCGGUGGCCAAACUCUCCACCGGUACCUCGGCAUAGGUUUGGGCCAGGGUCUGGCUGAACAAAUAGCUAACAAGGUGCGCAAGAACGCCAACGUAUUGAACAGAUGGAAGAGUCUUAAGGUGCUCAUUAUUGAUGAAAUCUCAAUGGUGGACGGUAAUCUUUUCUCAAAGUUGAAUGAUGUGGCCGGCAUACUCCGCAAUAACCGCGCUCCUUUUGGGGGAAUUCAGUUGGUUUGUACUGGUGAUUUUUUCCAGCUACCUCCUGUGAGUCAGUCUGCUCCCUUUUACUGUUUCCAAGCAAAGUGCUGGUCUCAAGUCAUCAAAAAGACCAUUCUAUUGACCAAUGUGUUUCGUCAGAAGGGCGAUAAUCAGUUGAUCGAUAUGUUAAAUGCAUUGAGGCAUGGCGAAUUGGACCAGGAUACAAUUGCCAAUUUCUAUAAAUUGGGUCGAAAAGUUACCUAUACCGACGGCUUAGAGCCCACUGAGCUUUACCCAACCCGCGAGGAGGUAAAAAGGGCCAACAAUGUUCGCCUUUCUCAGCUUCAAACUCGCUCCAUCACAUUCACUGCACAAGAUAGCACCAACGAUCCGAAUAAAGUAAAAAUGCUUGAAAAUCCUCAUGUGUGA